AUGAAGUGGAGGAAUUCUGGCUUCGGCGAAGUUUUCUACUUCGCUAUAACAGGAGCUCAGCAACCUGCGAACCGCCCCGACAGGAAUUGGAAACUCAACGCCAUCAACCUCACCAACGACGUCACCACCAGCCAAUCACCAUCAUCAGCAACCACACGGAGUCUCUCCACACACGGCGUUUUGUUGUCGGUUCGCUCUCUUUGUUUUGUGGCAUCCGCAUACUAUUCUGAUGUCGGAUACGCCGAAAUGGCUGUUGCUCGCGUUCUCAACUGUGGUUACGAAACCCCUUCGAUGGAAAAUAACACGGAUUUUCUUGGAUUAACAAAUAUCGGGUAUUCUUUGAAUAACCGAAGAAGGUCUGAAACUAAUCUUGUCGAACCUACGUUCUCGCGUUCGCUCACCGCUUUCGACAGAGAAAAUUGUAUUGGUAGACGCUGGCAAAGCGAGGCAGAUACAACGAAUCAGUAUCCAGAAGUGGAAGGGAACAGCAUAGUUGACGAUAUAGAAGAGGGGAUGCUAACACGCUUGUGGUCUGUGCGUGGCUUUGGCCAGGCUUGGCAUUGGCUACGUGAGAAGAAAAGAGCAGAAUGCACACCUUUGAACGCAUAUCUAACGUAUGUGACCUUGCCCUGGUCGAGCAUUCUCCAAGAUUUGUUAAGUGAUCGUCCGAAACGGCCAAUUCUGACGUUCGAGUUUGAUUCUCCCAUUGAGCAGUGA